UAUAACUGCACGUAGAGGCUCAAUCAUUUUCCACAAGCAAGUACACUUUCCGUGGAACAAAAUCAAGACAAUCACGGAGAAGCUUGUUAUUGACGCAAUGAAAUGCUGUGCUAUAACGUUUUUCGCGCUCUUCAGCGUGGCAACCGGUCGUUUAAGCAUCCCGUUGCACAAUGAUUUACUACGAAGCGAUCCGGAUGAGCCAGAAGAACGGUUCUUCACAGAAAAGAUGGAACCACUUAACUUCAGCGAGAUCCAGUACUAUGGGCUCAUGAGCGUGGGGAACCCACCCCAGACCUUCAAGGUUAUUUUCGACACAACCUCGAAUGUAACGUGGGUGCCAUCGGUUGGCUGCAGCAGGACACAGUGCGGAAACCGCAAGUUAUACGAUAACCGUAAAUCAUCGUCGUAUUCACCAUACGGCGUGUGGGUGGAAGACCCAUCUAUCGCUGGCAGCGGUAUCAAGGGCACUGCUGCUCGCGAGACAAUCGAGUUCGCCGGAUUGAAGUUCACCAACCAACUUUUCGUAGAAGCGACUGUCAUCGAUCCGGAGAUCUACAAAGACGUGCCCUUCGAAGGCUCCGUGGGGCUGAAAUAUGAGCCAUCUGGCACUGCUCAAAGUUGGUCCGGUGAUGGACACAAUUUACGACAAUGAAAUGCUCAGUAGGCUAGGUUUCGCUUUCUAUCUACAUCGAACCCAAGAUGGAGCUGACGGCGAGCUCGUGUUUGGAUCCCCCGAUCCCAAGCACUACACAGGAACGCUGACGAUCGUUUCUACCUAUGACGAUCAAUGGAACUUCCUUUUUAAUGGGUUCACUUUCGGCUCGGGAAAUAGUAUUCCACAGACGUACACAACUGUCGGCUUACCAAACCCAUCCGUGCCGUUCAUGUAUGGUCCCGAGACAGCCGUCAACUACAUUAAUGAGCGGAUAGGUGCCAAGCGGAAUGCCGAUGGACAGUACACAAUAGACUGCAACCCACCUUCUACCCUACAAGCUGUUGGGAUGCUAUUCGAUCGGCUAACGUGGUUCGAACAGGAAGACUACAUUAUUAAGAUUGGGUCUGUGUGCUACAGCGCUUUCGCCGUAAACGAAAAUCAGCCAGAUCCAAACAGGGAUCAUUGGCUUCUGGGACAGGCUUUCCUUCGUCGUACUUAUGUAUUUUUUGACAGGCGCAACAAUCAAGACAUCAAGGAGUUCCUUGUCGCCCGUGUUCGCAAGCCACGUUACUAGGCCUAUUGGGCCUACCAACUAGGCCCAAAUGACGUUUUAAAGAUUACUAGGGCACUGUAAUCCCGCUUUGCACAACUCAACAACAGGUGGCAUUGUUUCGGCUGAAAGAUAUGCCAUUGAUAUGCUCAAUAAAAA